AUGUAUAACGUAAAACAUAUUUGUGACUUGAAUUCUAGAUUGAAAUGCGAUAGCAGAUGUGAUGAAGUCACUCCAAGAUAUAGAUACGAGUAUUCUGCCACACCGGCCGACGUUGGCUCAGAAUGUCCCGAACCGGAAGUGCAUUGUAACCCAGACACACCUUUCCGGUCCAUAGACGGAAGUUGUAACAACCUGGAACAUACGCGUUGGGGUGAGGCGGAACGAGUCCAAAACCGUGUUGUGGACAACGCUUUUGAAGACGGAAGAAAAGAACCACGUGCUACCUCGAGCUGUUCUGGCGCUAAGCUCCCUUCCCCUCGUGCAGUAAGCUCGCGCGUGCACACGGCGGACGCUACCACCAUGGAGACGGAGCGACGCGUGACAUACAUGAUAACUGUGCUAGGACAGUUCCUCGCCCACGACUUUACUCUAACACGCUUUUUUGAGCGUUCAGAUGGGAAUUCUCUUGAAUGCUGUCUCGAGGAUAGCUCUAAUCCUGAAUGUAUCCAGAUCCCUGUGUCAGAAGAUGACCCAUUCUUCGACGUCGACUGCUUGGGAUUACCAAGAUCCGUCGCACUCACAGACUGCUGUGGUGUCCGCCAGCCAGUGAACUCUCAGACCGCAUAUUUGGAUCUCUCUGUUACAUACGGUUCGAGUAAGAAGGAAAACAAAAUACUCCGAGAGCUACGAGGAGGUUUGAUGAAGAUGAAUGGACAACGCCUGCCCGCGGACAUUGACGACACAGCGUGUGAGCUCAACAAGACCUUCGACCCGAACACCUUCUACUGCCUAAAAGCUGGCGAUCUCAGGGUGAACGAGGUACCUUCACUCUCCAGCAUGCAAACGCUGUUUGCGCACGCGCACAACGACAUCGCUUCCGGUCUUCAACUCGUCAACCCGCAUUGGCACGACGAGCGUCUCUUCCAGGAGGCUCGGAGGAUUUUAGUGGCUAUCUGGCAGAACAUCGUGUAUGGAGAAUACCUUCCAAUUUUGCUUGGAGAACGGACAGUUAAAAAAAUAAACAUAAACAUAAGGCCAGAUGGCUACAAGGACACCUAUGACUGUAACACAGACGCCACCGUCAUCAACUCGGUGGCCGCUGCCGCUCACCGUUACGGUCACAGCAACGUAAACAGGUUUACGGGACAGAUGGACGAGGACUUCAAACUUAUGUACCUAGACAACCUUGAACAUAACUUCUUUAAACCGAACGCAAUCCUCUCGAAUCGAAGCGAUGGUUACAACAAUAUUCUUCGAUGGGCGACAGCUGAGAAAUGUCCAAUGCUUGACAGGGAGGUCGAAAAAAGCGUUCAGCAGAGACUGUUUCCAGAUGCAGAUGGCAACACUUUGGAUUUGGCAGCACUCAACAUACAAAGAGGCCGAGAACACGGAUUGCCGGGCUACAAUGCGUACCGGAAGCUGUGUGGUCUGAGCGAGGCAUGUCAUUUCGGAACCGGAAAAGGCGGCCUUGUUGAUCAUGAUGAAAACACAGUCAAGCUAUUGGAAGAUGUUUACGACUGCCCGGGUGACAUUGACCUCUUCACUGGGAUCAUAACGGAGCGCCGGGGAUCCGAGGGUCUGCUGGGGCCCCUCGGUACUUGUAUGAUUGGUGAACAGUACAAGCGCUUCCGAGACGGAGACCGCUUCUUCUUUGAACGAAACGAUCCGGUGGUUGGGUUUACCAAACCCCAGCUUAACGCAAUUAAAAAGAUGACGAUGGCGUCUUUGAUCUGUCAACACACUUCGACUACCAAACUGCAGCCAAACGUUUUCGUUAUGCCAAACAAAAAUAUGAAGAAUGAAAGAGUACAUUGCGACGACCUUCCGAGCCUUGACCUGUCGCUGUGGAAGGAAAAAGAACGCGGACGCCACACUCUCCAAUAA